AUAUAUAUAUAUAUAUAUAUAUAUAUAUACUAUUAUAAUGUACUUUGUACACUAUGUGUUUAUGACACUCCCAAAGAGCUGUUUUUUUUUUAAGUUAAUCAUGACAACACACCACACAUGAUGUCACCGCCAUGUAGUGCAGUUUUACAUUUAAGAAUUGUGCUACAGGAACCCUGUUUUUGUCAUUAAGAAAGAAAAACUUAAACAUAUGCAUUUCAAAUAUAAUUGAAAUGUUUGUGUUAGGAUAAUGUGCCUCCUGAGAAUACUGGUACUACAUGUGUAUGCAUUUUUCUAAACACUAUUUAUAUCUUUAUGCUGCUUGAACAAUUUUGUCUGCUUAUAGCGAUCAUAUGCUGCCAUCUGGUGGUGUUUUGUAUACAAUAAAUAAAUUAGCUUUAAUUUUAUAUGCUACAUUUUAAAAAAUAUAUACAAGUGAAUGAAGUGCAAGACCAAAGCUAUUUACUCAGGCUUGGAUACUGCCACAGUGUUUCCAGUGUAGUUUCAGGCACAGAAAUAUCACAUAUUUUAAAGCAUAAACUGUUUUUGCCAUUGUUUGAGGAAUAAAUUGUGAGUGACAACUCUUUCAAAAGGCUCAGUAUAGUGGAUUUCACGUCUGAUAAAGCCGUACAAAGAUGCGGGAUGAGAGUUUUAUUCCUCUUUUUGAAAACGUAUCUCUGUUCAGUUGUCAUAAGAUUCUUGUUAGGCUUCCUCCCAUCCCACUCAUCCCACACAUCACUGUUCACACCAGAAGCGGAACAGACAGGCCCUUUGAGCAAAGGAGGGCCCAGAGCAGUAGAUUAUGCCCUCCCCCACUAGUUUUUAUUCAGCACCUGCCUCUAUACCCCUAACCCCUUUCUCAUUAUUAUACCCAUCUCUGUCCCAUGGUGCUUUGGGAGCUCAGCCACAUUGGUUCAUCUCCAAAAUUACCUCUUUCUUGGUAUGCUUGCAUAAGAUCCGGUUUGGUGACUGUGUGACUGUGUUUUGGGUCAGGGCAUUGGCUCUCAUACCAAAUCGUUGCUGUGGUUCAGGUGUACUUUUACAUGCCUCAUUACACUAAAUCAAAAGAAAAGAGUUAUAGAAGGGAGUGUGAGGGCAGCAGGGGCUCAGCUUUGGCUGUUACCCACCUUGUAUAAUAUUGAUGGAAAGCGCUGCUGAACAAAAGGGAUAAGAUCAGUUUAUCUCUGCUGCUGCCAUGGUUAAAAUAGUUGUCUGAAAGAUGCAAUUGUAAUUUACUAUAACACUAAAAUAAGGAAUAGCCUAAUGAUGACCUAUUUAACCCUCACGCUCUCCUCGGGGUCACAUUGACUGGAAGAAUUUUUUUUUCCUUCCCGCUCUCUUGGGGCGGGUCAAUCAGACCCAAAAAUGUAUUUGAAAAUAAAUUUUCAAAGAGAGCGGGAAGGGAAAAUGUGACCCCAAGGAGAGCGUGAGGGUUAAACAAAUUAAGUGUUUAGCUCUAACCUUUUCCCUUUUUGCGCAAAUCAAAUUAUAUGAAAUGUAAACUCGCUUUGCAUGUGUCUUCACGGCACCCAGUCUCAGUUUACUUCCUUUGUUGCAGUGAUGCUGGAGAGACAAGGGAUUAUUCUGGAUUAUCUGAUCUGAAUAUACAGAUUACCUCUACUUAAUGUGUAAUAUAAUAAUUUUAUUGUAAAUGGGACUGAGUUUAUUAUUUUUGUUCAAAUAAACAUUGCAAUUUACAUUACACUUAAAAGACUGUUUCAUUCAUACCGUUGCAUAGCCUAUUAUCAGAUAAGACAUGCUGUUAUUAUUAACGGGUUAAAUGAUCAACCGCAUUUCAACUCAGGUAGGUUUAUACAUUUUCCUGAUUUAUGUGAAUGAUUUGAGUUUAAUAAAUUGCGGUUCUUCAGCCAUUAAUGUGAAUGAGCCCCUCUGAAACAGCCUACACCAUCCAGCUGUAUUACAGCCAAGAUUAUAACCACAGCUCUAUCUCAUCGGGGAAGGCGUGUCACUCCCUGAAUUACUCAGCGCCCCUUUGUCCUCGGUGGAUGCCCAGCCCGCGACACUCAUGGCGGCAGCACCCGUCAAACAGCGCUCCGGGCCAGGAGGACCCCGGGCGCAGCUCCCGCCCUGCUAUUAUGAAGGCUACCUAGAGAAGCGUGGACCGAAAGAAAAGGCGUCCAAGCGUCUGUGGACCUGCCUGUGUGGAAACACUCUGUAUUUCUUCAAUAAUGCCAAGGACACUCAUUAUGUAGAGAAGUUGGACCUUGGUGGAUUUGUGUCUCUGAAGGAUGACUGCGGCCGUGACAGGAACCUGGAGGCAGCUCGUCUUAUCCUGAGGAUGAAGGAUGGGGAGACCAAACUUACGGCCCCCAAUUUGGAAUCCAGAGAGCUUUGGAAAGGAUUCCUUUACUCUGUUAUAGAUUUGAAUGUACCAUCUUGUCUAACAUUGCUACCUGGUCAGCUGCAAAUGCUUAAAGAAGUUGUGGAGAAAGAAAGAUCCAGACGUAGAACUCGUACCCCAACACGAGCUCCUCCAUCUCCCCUCUCAGUGCCUUUAGUUGGAGAGAUCCCAGCGUGCUUUCGACCAGUUUCGCGAACAGAGGCAGAAGUGCUUUUGGAAAGACACCCUGAUUGUGGUAACAUGUUAUUGCGUCCAGGCAGAGAUGGGUGCUCACUGGCUGUUACAACACGCCAAGACCUUAAUGGGUCCGUCUUCAGACAUUAUCGAGUGACUCAGAGAGAUCAAGGUGGAUAUGUCAUUGAUGUAGAAAAUCCAAUUCCAUGUGCUACUCUACAUGAAGUCAUUGAUGCACUGGUUGAGAAAACUGCUGGAACACUGCAACCUUUCUUACUUGAAGAGCCUUAUGAAGAAAAUAUCACAUAUGUCACAGCCAAUGAUGAGAAUGGAGAGCACAUGCUUCACACAGCUCCUACUAGUCCUCUGCCGAGGGCUCCUGCUCUCCCUCCAAAACAAGAUCGUUGGUGUACAAGCCCCCUGUCUCGAUCUCCUGCUCCAGACCGACGAAUCCUGACAACACCUGUGCCAUCUUCUCCCACCAACCCAAUGAGACGACUUGUUCUCUCUCCUUCCCCUCUCACUCAGUCACUCAAUGAGGAGCUAAAAAUUAAGCUAGAGAAAAGACGAGCCAGUCAAGACUGAUGUACUAAAAUGUGCCAUUCAGCAUUAAUCCUUCUUGGACAUCAAGAUUGUUCAGAUCCGUGUUGAACAUCUGUUUUCAUGUGGAUUGCUUGGAAUGUGAUUUUUUUUCAUUCAUGUUCCACUUACAUUGUGAACUCAAGUAAAAUGGUCAACAUUUUGGUUUGUCUAAAAGCAAGAAGUGCUGCUACUUUUGCAAAAAUCUUUGCAACAACCUCUUUUGCAAACUUAUCGGAGUCCAAGAAACUGACAAAUGGAGGACCACACGUGAACCACCGAUGGAGCCUUUUUGUCAACUGAACUGAUUGUCAACUGAAAUGAUGGAUUUAUCUUGUAGCCUACAUGACAAACAUUUUAAAGUCCCACCAGUAACGUGCAAAGAGUUUGCCUUUUCAGUCUCAUUGCAUUAUUUGUUUGUUACCACUCUACACAAAGUGUUAAUAACUUGUUUACAGCUCCAUGCCACUAUAAGUGCUUCUUUCUUAGGAUUUUCUUUUCUGUAUUACCACCUUAUGGUGCUACGAUGACCAGUCCUCACAACCAGCAACUUUAUGAGUCAUUGUGCUGAAUGUGGCAGCGCCCUCCAGUGGGUUACUGUGGUAAAAUCUGAUUUAUAGCUGAAUGAUAUUAAGUUUAAUAGCACACAUGGUGGGCUGCUGAACACAAAAGAACAAUGUAGCCCACUGUUUCAUGUUUACACGGAUUUCCAUUAUAUCAUUGCAGAAUCAAUAUGGGAUGGCUAUCUUUUUUAUAUCAAGGGGCAGCUUUUAUUUAGCCUAACACUUGCAGGCUAACAAAAUCUGUUUAUGCAUUCUGCAUCAUGGUCAACUUGAGUGAUAAAUAAUAGAUGCUGUGAUCAUGUAUCUUUGUAUUUUUAUGAGGAACUAUUGUAUGUUUAAAUUCGUGAUUUUAAAUCACCAUAUAAAGACUGGGGGAUUUAUAAAGAAUGGGGCAUUUCAUUUUUGCAUGUACCCUAUCCGACUGGCCUCACCUAUUGCAAUGUUUUGGCUAUAGCCAUGCAAUGAUUUUUGAUUACUCUAUUUAUUUAUGUAUUAUACACUUUUUGUAUUUAUUUAUUCUUUUUAUAUCUCUAUGACUCCUUGGCUUCUAGUUCAAAUAAAUACACCGCUCACUU